CGUUAGCUCGUCACUUUGUCAUCAUAGCUGCUGCUUGCUGCAUGCUGCAGAAGUCAUUGGAAAUAAUGUCAGGGACGCCAGCUGGGUAUUCGAACCAACAAGAAGCCGAGUGCGCGCCUGUUAUCGUAGGUCUGGCAGACGGCGGGAAACGAGUGCAACCUGAUGGUCACCCAUUGACCCCCUCUCUUCUCAGCUAUGCGCCACCUCCUCGACCUCGGCAUUCUUCGCUGUUGCCUGACUCUACGCGAGAAUUUGCCUUUUCCCAUCCUUUGGUCACUGUCGCCUCACUCGGCGCAUGUAUGGGGGCCAUAUUCGCUUCCACCGCCAUUAUCACCCACACUCUCCUCCGCCGCGCGGGAGUUGCUCAUCGUACCCACCAGGAAUGGGAAAGAGCGGUGAGACGCCUACAAGGGUCCAUCGACGCCCGCUUGCAGCUGUUGGAAGCUUCCCGUAGGGAUGAUCACACAGAGGUCAAAGAAUUACUCGCCCGACCUGCCUCAAGUCUGAAGCCCCUCAUCGACCAAGCUGGAGGCCAUGAAAAUCCUUCCGCUGCGAAGACACUGUCCGACGCUGGCAGCAGUCCGUACGACCGUACGAUCAUCUCCGAACACUCCCUGGAGUCGCUACGCCGUACCCUGGAGCAAAUCGUAUCAAGCCAUUCUCUUUCCACUUCAGCUCAAAUCCACGAACACAUCGAGAGGUCUGUGGCAGGAUCAAAUCGCCUCGAAAAGCUGGUUGCGGCAUUAGAGGCAAAGCUUCACGCUCUUACCUCCAGCUCAGCACCAAAAUCCCCUAUGAUUGAUGAUGAACCCGCGGU